GCGCCUGAAACUGGCGAGACCUCAGAACUGGGGUACCAGCCCAGAAGGUAGCUGCUGCCCCGGUAACGGUACCUCCAUCUUGCCUGCCUUUCAGAUUCCGUUUCUCGUUGGUCACAGCCUCCGCCACUCAAGGCAAUCCCGGAUGUGCGUCAUUUUAGACCUCGCCCCUAAAAGAUGAACCUCAACUUCAAGGUGUAGUAGAAUAGAGCCGCCUCUUCCCUCCCAAUCAUUCUAGUUCCUGUACAUCUGACCAAUCACAAAGUUUCUCUUCACAGAAGACCCGCCUCCCCCCACUGUAGCGAAUCCGUCGCCAGAAAAUUAAAAAAAAAAUAAGGCCAAACUACGUUUCCCACAAGGCAUUUCACCGUGGUGCGCAGUUUGGCAGUGAAGUCCCGCGGGAGUCCUCGCUGCUGCCCGCUGCCAUUCCCCUGGAAGCCCACGGCAAUACUUGACUUCCUCGUCAUGGCCCCCACCAUCCAGACUCAGGCUCAGCGGGAAGACGGUCACCGAGCCAGCUCCCAUCGGACUGUGCAAGAGAGGUCGGGCGUAGUCUGUCGCGUCAAGUACUGUAACAGUCUCCCGGACAUCCCGUUCGAUCCCAAGUUCAUCACGUAUCCAUUUGACCAGAACAGGUUCGUCCAGUAUAAGGCGACGUCCCUGGAAAAGCAGCACCGACACGACCUGCUCACGGAGCCGGACCUGGGCGUCACCAUCGACCUCAUUAACCCGGACACCUACCGCGUUGAUGCCGGCGUGCCGCUAGACCCUGCAGAUGAGAAAUUACUGGAAGAAGAGAUCCAGGCCCCCACCAGUUCCCGAAGAUCCCAGCAGCAUGCGAAGGUGGUGCCCUGGAUGAGGAAGACGGAAUACAUCUCCACCGAGUUCAACCGAUACGGAGUGUCCAAUGAGAAGCCCGAGGUCAAGAUUGGGGUGUCGGUGAAGCAGCAGUUCACGGAGGAGGAGAUCUACAAGGACCGCGAUAGCCAGAUCUCGGCCAUCGAAAAGACCUUCGAGGAUGCCCAGAAGUCCAUUUCUCAGCACUACAGCAAGCCGAGGGUGACACCCGUGGAGGUGAUGCCCGUCUUCCCGGACUUCAAGAUGUGGAUCAAUCCCUGUGCCCAAGUGAUCUUUGACUCCGAUCCAGCCCCAAAGGACACCAGCGGCUCUGCAGCCCUGGAGAUGAUGUCUCAAGCCAUGAUCAGGGGGAUGAUGGACGAGGAGGGCAACCAGUUCGUGGCCUACUUUCUGCCAGUGGAAGAGACCAUGAGGAAACGCAAGCGGGACCAGGAAGAGAAGAUGGACUAUGCUCCCGAUGAUAUCUAUGAUUAUAAGAUUGCAAGGGAGUACAACUGGAAUGUGAAGAACAAGGCUAGCAAAGGCUAUGAAGAAAACUACUUUUUUAUCUUUCGAGAAGGCGACGGUGUCUACUACAACGAGUUGGAAACCAGAGUCCGCCUUAGUAAGCGCAGGGCCAAAGCCGGAGUGCAAUCAGGCACCAACGCUCUACUGGUGGUCAAACACCGCAACAUGAAUGAGAAGGAGCUGGAAGCUCAGGAAGCGCGGAAAGCACAGCUGGAGAACCAUGAACCGGAAGAGGAGGAGGAAGAGGAAAUGGAGAAAGAGGCCCCUGACUCCGAUGAAGAACAGGAAAAAGGAAGUGGAAGUGAAAAGGAAGCCAGUGAGGAGGAGGAGGAAGAGCUAUCUGGAAGUGAGAGUGAGCAGGAAGAGGAAGAAAAGGAGGAAAGUGAGAAGAGUGGAAGUGGGGAGGACAAAGCUGAGGAGGAGAGCAGUGAGGAUGAGGCCCGAGCAGCCCGAGACAAGGAGGAGAUCUUUGGAAGCGAUGCUGACUCAGAGGACGAUGAAGAAGAGGAGGAUGGGGGAGGUCCAGCCAAGGACAGUGGAGAGGAUGAAGACGACAGUGGCAGUGAGAGAGAGAAUGGGCAGCACAGCCCUAGUCCCUCCUUUCUCAGUGCUAGUGACCACUCAGCCCAAGAGGAUGGCAGUGAUAUGGGCACUUCUGAUUCCAGUGAGGAAGUCAGUGACAGUGAUUGAGGCUCAGAGACCCAUUGCAAACCACCAAAAUGUCCAGGAGGGACUGAGCUUCUCCAGCUCCAACACCAUUCUCAGAACAAAAGGAAAAGACUAUUUCUCUUCCCUCCCCCCUUAAAUUUUUGUUCUCAAUAAAGGCUAUAUGUUUACAAGUUAAAAAAAAAAAAAAAAAACCAAAAUGUAAAUGAGAGUCCCUGCCUUCAAAAGCUAUUGGAGGAGAUGAUACAACUGCAUACUGUCAGAGAGAUUGACUAAAUACUAAAUACUAAAAUGUGUAUAUAAAUAUAUACAAAAUAAAAAUAAGGUAAUAAGGGGCAGAGGAGAGGAAUUGCUAACACCUGGGAGGAUUAGUCAAAGGUAUGAAAAAAGAUAAAGGAUGGCAUAAGACAAAAAGGGAAUUGAGGAUGGAAAGAAAUUCAAAUACAAAAAAAAAAAAUAUGAAGGGGAAUAUAAUAAGGUCGGACAGGCAGGUUAGAAAUUGAUUAUGAAGAGCCUUGGAUACUAGGCUUAAGAAUUUCUAUUUUAUUUCACAGGCAAUGCAACACCACUGGGGGAUUCUGAGUAGAGGUCUAAUAUGAUCAAGAUCUUGAUCAUUUAGUGGUUAAAAAAAGAAAAGAAAUACAUUGGAGAGAGACUUGAAAGAGGAAACCCAAUAAAGAAAUCAUUGAGAUCUAUUCAGAUAGCACUGAGGUGCCUCCCUAAAAUGGUUGCAGUGUGACAAGGAAAAGAAUUAUAAAUGUAAGAGCUUAUAGAAGAAAUCAGGCUGAGAAAUUUAAAUGCAGAGUAAGGAAGAGGGGGAAAAGAAAAUCAAAAGUAAUUCGAGUUUAUGGGCCUAAAUCUAAAUGGCUGGGAUGAUGGAGACAACCUCAACAUAAAAUUGGUGGGGGAUGCAAGUUUAGAGAUGAGAAGAAUGAGGAAUUUUGUGUUAGACAUACUGAAGUACCAAUGACAUCCAAAUAGAGCUAUCCAGCAGGCAAUUAGAAAAUCAGGAAUGGAACCUUAGAGAAAGGAAUUAUUCUAAAUUUAAUGCCAAUUAAAGAGGUUAUUUUCCCAGUACCUUACCUCUCCAUCCAAAAAGAAAAUGAAAACGAAGAAAAAAAAAAUCUCUUUAAAUUUUUUAUCACAUUGAGAUUCCAAAUGUUAAUCCUUGGGAUUAUGCCAUUCUAAGGCUAAAAUGCAAAUUUAAUCCAAUUUACUCUUUGACUCUUGGCAUGUCACCUCAACUUAUUCUUUUUUAAAAUGGGUGCCGGGGGCUGUAUGACCCAGGACAAGUCACAGAACCUUUCAAGGACUCAGUUUCCCUAUAGAUAAAAUGAAGCAGUUAGAUGCCAUUAAAUAUAAACUGGCUCCUUUCUCUGUAGAAUAGUGUAUCAACAAAAAUUCGUCAUCAGUGCUUCCUGAAAGGUUUGUCAGAUAGUGGACUCCUCAACUUUAGUCCCAGUUUCAUUUUAUCUCAUUUCUGUAGUAAAGAGAAAGAAUGGGGUUGGACUAUAGAUUUGGAAGUCAUCUACAUAAAGAUAUCAAAAUCACAUAGGAGUAGAUGAGAUUGUUAAGGGAUGGAAUUUAGAAAAGGGGAAGGGGGGCAAGAAAUGAAUCUUAAAAGAACAAAGGGUGGGUGAAAGAUGAGAAGCCAGUAAUGGAAACAGAAGAGUGGUCAGAAAGAUAGGAGAAAUUUGCAAAUGCAAUAUCAUAAAUGCUAAUGGUUGCCAAGGAGAAGUUGCUCUUUGGGGACCCAGCCUACCAAAUUCAAGCAGAACUUGGGGAAUACUACUAUUUCUCUUCUGCCUUUUCUCCUCCUUUCUCUUCUCCUCUUAAUAAAAGUGGUUCCCUUCUUGAUGAGAGUAAAACUCUGCUUGAUCUGAGUGAGCUCUGUAAAAUUGUCACUAAUAAAAAAUGUCUCUUUUGCUCUACAAACCCAAAUAGUCUUGUAUCCUCUGUAGCAAGAUAAGUUUUCUUGGGGGAAGUCACAACCCCCAGCAAGAUUUCACAUCCACCUGCGACUUCCCUUAGCAUGAAUAAAAUGGGUCUUCAGAAAAUGACUCCCCUCAGAUCACUUCUUACUUGAGAAUGAUAUGCCCACGAAGAGAAUCCUUCUUGUUGUUUCUUUAAAAAUAAAGCUUUUUUUACCAUA